GCUUGCUCAGAGAGCUUCACAGCCAGCAGGAGAAGCACACGCCUUUGAAAAUGGCUGCUCUGGUGUCUGCCUUGUUGUUGCUGUUCACAGAACCGGGUUCUGGGCUGACGGCGCCCUGUUUGCCGGUGUGUUCUGGAGAGGACUGCAUCACGGUGAACCGGGCCAGCGUGGACUUUGACACGGCAGAGAAGGCUUGCCGUGGGAGGAACGGGGAGCUGCUGACUCUUCAGGCUGACACUCAUCAGCGGAUCUUUGCAGCGCUGGCUGAAGCUCUGCCAGGAGACUUGUGGGUGGGACUGCGUCUACCGGCGGGAUCCUGCAGCCGGCGAUCAGAACCACUCAGAGGAUACGAGUGGACCUCUGGGAGCCCAGAGGAGACGUCUAACGCGUCUCUCCUGGUCUGGGCUGAGGGCCCCGCAGUCUGCUCUCCACACUGCGCUUCACUUUCACAGCAUGGGACGGUGACAGAGAGGCCGUGUUCCCACAAAGCCGACGGCUUCCUGUGCAGAACCAAGGAGAAGAGUGCAUGCUGGGAGCAGGAGAAGUUCUUUAAAAGCUCUGCUGACUGUGGAAGUGCUCCCUGUGAGCAGAAGUGUGACAAUGCAAAGGGAGGAUUUAAAUGCUCGUGUUUCAAAGGGUACAUCCCAGACGUGGGCGAGCCGCGGCGCUGCAGGCUGCACUGUCCUCACCACAAAUGUCCUCCCAUCUGUCCCGGGGGCCCGGGCGGUCCGUGUCACUGUGCCGAUGGCUUCCUGCUAAACGAAGGAACGUGUGAAGACCUGGAUGAAUGUACGAUGGACCGAUGUGAGCAAGGCUGCGUGAACACCUACGGCAGCUUCAUGUGCUUCUGCAGGCUGGGCUUUGUCCUUAAAGACGAGGUCAAGUGCACGGUGGCAGCAGGAAGGGACCGCUCUGCGCUGGUGGUCGUCCCCACGCAGGAGGACCCCGCAGUGAAGGGCUCCUCUGCGUCUGCGGGGCCCUUCCUCUGGAUCUGGGUGGUGGCUGCAGUGGUUCUGGUGGCGUCCGUGUUUCUGAUCAGACUUUAUGUUGUUCACCGUCAGAAACGCAGAGAAGAAAGCUGCAGCCAACAAGGCGCUGCUCCUGCAGACGACCCGGACCCGUAGACCAGAUCUGUGGGUCCACUGGGUCCUCUGUGGAUCCUCUGUGGAUCCACUGGGUCCUCUGU